AUGGACCCGAAUGCUGGAUAUUCAGGCUUUCCCGUCCCGACACAGAGCCUCUCAAACCAAAUGUCUUUCUACCCCAGUCCUAUUCCCCAGCAGUUCCCCCCUAAGGUACCUACCCAAGGACAGUCCUUUGGCACAAUGCAGGGUAUUCCCGGUGGAGCUAUGAUACCUUCAAGCUUUCCACAACAGUCCGCACCGAUGGAUGCCUUCUCAGCGUCUUUCGCUCAGCCUCCUGUGCCUGGCAAUAUGAAUCAAUUCUCUCAACCGAACACUUCGACAAAUACCCCAUCCACCGUUGCGCAGACCUUUAACCAAAAUAUGGCCAAUCUUUCUGCCAACAACAUGUUGACCAACCAACUGAAACCUCAAAUCAGCUCUCCUCAGGGCACCCAGCCCGAAACACCCGGUCAAGCACACGCCCAGAUUCAGUCACCGGCUCAAGCUCAAGCUCAAGCCAUGAUGAUAUCACGCGACAAAGCUCGCAUCUCAACCCUACUGGAUAUCAACUCCGCAUUGUUGCAGGAAGUUGUAAAUCUGCAGCACUCAGGCAAGGCAGGCCCUCCAUCUAAUAACGAAGCGAAUGGAACCACAGAACAAAGUUCAAGUCCAGAGUAUUAUGAGUGCAUGCGAAGAUUGCAGGCCAAUCUGGCAUAUCUAGCGACGACAACUGAUAGAGCAAAGAAAGGUCCCAGCCUACAAGCACCGGCCAUCAUGACCCCGCCUCGAAACAUAGCCUCCGUCAUCGAUCUCUAUCAAAAGCUGAAUGAACUCUUUCCAAACUCGGGCAGAGGUUCUACUCCACAAAGGCCCAGCCCUUCACCUCUAUCAGAGUCAGUAGUCUGA